AUCUUUGACCAUGUCUACCGAUGAUGCACUCAUUGCUAUGUCCAGCAGUGCCCCUCAUCACGUGGUGGACAGACCAGAGGACCACCUCGUCGACUCUCAUCGAAGCAGCAAUUCACAGUCUCUUAUGAGUACCCAGAUAGAGGGUUCCGCAGCCGCUGAGGGCAGCACUAAGGUUCUUAUUGUAUAUACUGGUGGAACGGUAGGAAUGCAGCGUGGCCCGGAUGGCUCAUUAAGACCCGUUAAAGGCUUUCUAAACAAGCAAAUCAGCGGUCUGGAGGAGCUCAAGAAACCUGGCAUGCCUUCACUUACAGUCAUAGAGUUCGAGGAGUUGAUUGACAGCUCGGACGUUACGCCUGGGUGUUGGAAAAAGAUGUCCAAAGCGAUUGAAGACAACUACUACGACUAUGAUGGUUUUGUGGUCAUUCACGGUACGGAUACUAUGGCCUACAGUGCGAGUGCACUAUCCUUCAUGUUGGCCAAUCUUGGGAAGCCGGUUGUGUUCACGGGUUCCAUCCUGCCCUUUGGGGAGCCUCACAGUGACGCUAGGAGGAACUUGAUCAUAUCAAUUCUGCUCGCGGGUCUUUGUAGCAUUCCGGAGGUUUGUAUCUUCUUCAACGAGCGACUGCUUCGAGGCUGCCGAUCUGUCAAGGUUGACAGUGGAUCGAUAGCAGCAUUCGACUCGCCCAAUUUUCCUCCUUUGGCUACCCUCGGUGUUGACAUUCACUUUAAUGAGCAUCUAUUACUGCCGCCACCUAAAGGGCGCUUCCAUACACAUACCGAAAUGGAGAGCGCGAUCCUUGUCGUUAGACUGGUCCCUGGCUUUGCAGAUUUGGAGACACUCGCCGACACCGCAGUCCGUGGUGUUGUACUGCUCCUCUACGGCACAGGGAACGCCCCUGCUCGUAAGAAGAACUUCGUCUCUUGGCUUAAGAGAUUGAUUGACAACGGAGUGGCAGUGAUCGCUUGCUCCCAGUGCGUGCGAGGAACGGUAGAGCUGAACGCGUAUGCAGUUGGAUCGCAGCUAUCAUCGAUCGGAGUCAUCUCUGGCGGUGACAUGACUUGUGAGGCUGCUGUGACGAAGCUCAGCUACCUCCUGGGCCGAGGCCUGUCGCCGAGUCAAAUCAGAAGCGCCUUCAACAUGUCCAUACGUGGAGAAGUCUCACUGAAUGGCCGCAACGAUAAUAUCUUCAAAGGCUUUGGGGGAGUAGUGUCCAAGUUGUGAAGCGGUGAAGUUCAGAAAUUCACAUCAGCGAUGAAAGUCCAGAAGAGACCCCUCAGCGUUUUGUCGCCGACAAAUUGUCGGGAAACAAUCACUACUAUUGAUGUUCCUCAGUCUUUCAC